UGCUUACGGCCCCGUCACUGCGCCUGCGCGGUAGCAACCUGGAGCCGGUGCCCUUAGGACGGACGCCUGUCACACCUUGACUCCAGCUGCCCGCGCGAGCCGGUUUGCGCUCAGUUCCCUGUGCACACCCUUGCAAGCGACGGCGCCAUGAGUAUGACUUCCAGCGUACGAGUUGAAUGGAUCGCCGCAGUUACCAUUGCUGCUGGGACAGCUGCCAUUGGCUAUCUAGCUUACAAAAGAUUUUAUGUUAAAGAUCAUCGCAACAAGUCCAUGGUAAAUCCUCACAUCCAAAAAGACAACCCCAAGGUAGUACAUGCAUUUGACAUGGAGGAUUUGGGAGAUAAAGCUGUGUACUGCCGUUGUUGGAGGUCCAAAAAGUUCCCAUUCUGUGAUGGAGCUCACACAAAACACAAUGAAGAAACUGGUGACAACGUGGGACCCCUGAUCAUUAAGAAAAAAGACACUUAAACAGACACUUUUGAUGCUGCAAACCAACUUGUGAUGUUAUCACCCGACUGUUUAAUUUAGAAUGACUACCACUUCUGUCUACUUCACCUCCCCUGGGUUCUAGAUGUGGUAUAUUGCAAACUACAGCUUUCAUAUUCACGGCACUUGCCUUACUUGUUGAACCAUCGUGGUGCACAUUUGUUUAAACCAAAAAAAAAGAAAAAGGAAAAACCAACCUCAUGGCCUGUGGGUUAUUUUGGUUUUGUAAGGAUCCAUUUCUUUACAUUUAAAAAUAAUGACAUUAGCAUAUAAGAUGUUGGAUGUUGAAGUUAACAUAUUAAAUUAUUCUCAAAAUCAUAUAUGUGCAGAUCAUACUUGUAACUUUCAAAGAAAAAUUAACACUUUAAUAUUACUUAGGAAACUAGAAAGUAAAUCGGGUGUGGUUAGGCUACAUUAAUCUCUUAAUAACAGUCUGGGAAAAAUCUGUUACGACCUUGGCUUUCUUCUUGACAGUGGUAAUGACACAGAAAAUACGGCCUCUGUGUUUUUAAUCAAAAUGAACUUUGAAUGUUAAUUCUGCUUAAUUCUAAGUGAGCCAGGUCAAUAAUAAAGGGGCAGGAACUUCUCUGUAUUCAUCUCCAUGGAUAUUUAAUUGGUCCAUUAAAGAAAUGAAUAGUGGAAAUUUAGAUCAAAGUGAUUUUAGAUUUAAAGUAGUUAUGAAGGGAUGUCUUAAAAUGUAAUGUUCCAGAAUUCUAGCCAAGAAGUGGCAAGCACUUGAACUAGGGACACCGAAGGAAUUGGAGCACAUGAUGUCAGGUCUCUUGACUGCAAAGACACAUCCGUAAAAGAAACAGUGGUCGUGAGGCCAGAUUAAAGGCAUGGGAAGAUUUUUAUUUCCUCAUUCUUGAUCAUCAGGCACACAACUGAUUCUAGUAAAGGAACUAUUUCGGGGGGAAAAAUUACAUCCUCUCUCAAAUUGUAUAAUCUUUUUUUUAAAAGCAAAAUUUUGAAGACAAGUGUUUGUUUAUGUAAUGUUCUUCAAAGACUUAGACCAGAAACAUGGCAUUUCAUUGCUAAGUCAGAAAAAAGAGAAUAUGAAAACAGAGAAUAAUUAAGAGCAAUAGAAGAAUUAAGACAGGAGUAGUUAAUAUGUAUUAAUUAGGUUUUGGGUUUUAAGAGUGAGAAGGAAAAAACAUGGCAAAAUAUAUAUGUAAUGUAGGCAAACGUAGUUUGAAAUUAACACAGGUUAACAGGUAAAUAUUCUUACCAUUUUUUUGCAUACACUUGAAUUCUCAGUAGUAGUCAAUUACAAUUUUCUACUUUAUAGAAUCCAGAAUUACCUUGGAAGUCACAGGAAUCAGUGAAACCAAACAUUAGCAUUCCUGCAUUUCGUGUGAUCCCUGAUGUUUUUUAAAUGUAUGGUUUUGUGUAUUAUGGUUAGGUAAAGUUGAUCCCAAAAUUCUGUGUACUGGUUUUUAAGUACAUGAUUUAGUUGAACUUACCUUGAAGGCACAUCUUCAGCACAAAAUCUAAAGUACUACAAACCUUGAUUCUACCUACAAAAUACUUGAUUGAGCUUUUCCCAAGCCUCUUCCCCUCCUUUUUAAGUAAGUAUGAUUGGGUCAACAAAAGAGAGCAUCUUGCUUUUAAAGGGUAUUGUUUAAAAGAAAAAUAUAUCUGUGAACUCCCAAAGUUACUAAUGAAAGGAUAUCCUUUGAACAGACUAAGCUGUAUUCUUAAUUUUGAAUUUGAAAUAGUACGAGUCAUGCAUUUUUAUAGCUAGUGGAAGUAUAAAAAGAAACCAACACAAGUGCUCAAAACUGUUUUUCAGUGGUGUAGGUGGGUAUGUUUAUAGUGAAAUUGGAAGUGAUCACCUAACUGUGAAAUGCACAUCUACUGUAGCAUUUUGAUAAUCCAAUAUGAUAGAUAAAAAUCAUCCCAAGAUCAUGUUAAAAUUCUAUUGCAUGCUUUUUGAACUAGAAUUCCUUUAGGAUAUUAAAACUUUUUCAUGCUAUUUACUUAACUUAAAAAGUAAAGUAGGUGUAGUUAAGCUAAUGGGAGGUAUUUUUACACAAAAAUCUUUGUGUACAAUUACUGUUCUCAUGUAAGCACCCUAAAGCUUCUAAUUGCUUUUUCAUUUGAUUGAGAGAUCAGGCAAGUGGGCUCCCCUACACUAUCACCACUUUUUUUUCUAUCAUUUAUGUUUCAGUGAUUGCAAUAAGACUUUGUGCCAGGCUGAGAAAUCUAACAUUAGGAAGAAACUUGUUUUGCAGUAAUUUAUAGCGACAUUCACCUAUUCCUGCAGACAAUUCUUAAAGCGUUUAUUAUAGACCAUAUAAUUGAACACAAAAGAUUUUGGAGUAUUAAAAGCUUGCAGUUUAGAUUAUAUCAUUUAUGACAGGUUAUAUAAUUAUGAUAAUCUAUGAUUUGGGGUUAUUUUCCUUGACAGAUUAUAACAGAUACAGUCAUGUAUACCAGUCUUUCUUCAAAGUAGCUGGAUUUAUUUGAUUUUAUAUUAGUUAUGAAGGAUUUUGUUUUAAGAUAAACAUGGAUCAAGAUUCCUAAUUAGCAAAAUGUUUAGUGCUUGGGGAUCUAUGAGGGUGUUUUACUCUACUAGUUGUCAGAAACUGCUUUUCCUCCCUGAUUUUAACACUGAUUUCAGGCAGAGCCACUCGCCUUUUAGCCUUUUAAUUGAAAUGGUUCGACCAAUGGCAUUUUAAGCAUUUGUUUGCAGAUUCUAGACCGAGAUUAAAAUGUCUGCAUCCACAUGGGGAAAAAAAAGGGUUGAUAGAAGAUCAUCAAAUCGAAUUUAAUUUUUAUUACAUGGUUAUUCCAACUUCUGUGAUAUUGAAGUAUCCUUUUGUGAAAUGUCGAUAGUGGUGUUAGUUGCUUUAAAUAUUCUUACCUGACAGAAUAAAAAGUUGGCAGCCCUG